AUGGGCAAUCAUCAAAACAAAACUCUACAGAAUGUCGAAACGGUCGCAGAAGAAGAUCAACGUUUUAUUAUUGAUCUGGAUGAGAUCGUCCAGGAAUGGAUUUGGCAAACAUACAGCAAAACUAAACUAUUAUCUCGAUACAAGUAUCGAAACUUUCUUACUUCCGAACUCACACAUAUCUUUCCAUAUCGAUUUAGACGUGAGGAUCUUGUCAUCACCAUCAACUGGAAAAAUCUUACAUUGAACCAAGAUGAUGUGUAUUUGUAUAACUCGAAUUCGUCAUGUGUAUCUCGAACGCUAUUUCGCACGAACUUCGAUAAUAAAACCCUCAGUGAACAAUUAUAUAACUUCACUGCGAACCGAUCGACUUGUUCAACUUUGAAGAUUCUAUUUAAGCAAAGUUUAGCGAUGUCACAUGAAUCUCCGAUUACACUUCAUUUACCGAAACAGUUCAUUUCAUUUCAGAACCAUAUUAAAUCCGAACAAAUGAUUCCAUUGGGAAAGGAUACGUAUGUAACAGAUACUAUCGAUACUUAUUUUAUGAUCUACUUUCUUUCGUAUUUAAUUAGGUUGAAAGAGUUCGAGAUACCGUGGAAUGUCGAUAGUCAAUUACGUAUAGCGCCUCGUACACGUCUCAUAGCAAAGUUAAAUGUCGAUGAAGAAGAAUAUUCAAGUCAUUUUUCCGCAUCGAUUCAUUUUUCUGGUCGUAUAAUGGCAAGCAUCGCUACUCGACAAUCACCCAGCAUUUGUUUAAAAUUCAUUGUUGGCGAUAUUGUGGAAAUCAUAUCAAAAGCGAGAAAAACCAAUGCUCGAUUGAACAGCAUGAAGAUUCUCAAUGAAGUUCUCCCUUCGGUCGUGUUUACAGUACACGGAAGAUGUUUAUUUCGAUGUGGAAUGCGUCAACAUAUCGUUCUCAAUCAAGAAUCAUUAGAAUUAUCGAGUUCAUCCUCUUCUGAUUGCGGUCUUACACCUUCAGCUCCAUCUGAAUACUGUCAUCUGACGUCUUCAUAUAUUAAAACUGAUGAUCUAAUUCGUUCAAAUCCGACAGGCUAUCAAAGAUUAUAA